AUGCCACCUCGAAUACCGCUCCCUACCUAUACCACAGCUCUCCCUAAACCAUCAGCCCACCGUCUAUGUAAAUCAUGCCUGACCCGCAGCUUCUCCUCGACUGCAGCCGCGCCUGCCGAGGAGAGAACUCGGCGCCAGCCAACAGCCCAUCGAAGACGCUUCUACGAAUGGCUCGAAGGCCCAGGAGAAGUUUUCCGCCAUCCUCUUCCCAACUCAACCAACUAUCUCAAUGCGUAUGAUAGAUCGGGCAAUCUGCUUCGUGCAUCAAAGCGCAGUGAAGCUUCUUCAACGCCAGAGACGGCUGAUAUGAGAGCACUUGACGCAGCUGCCGAAGGUUCAGAAAUACCAAAAGAGACAGAGAGCGAUCUACGACCGUUUCCUAUGAACAACUACUUUAUAUCUCAAAGCAUAUUAUCGGAAGACCUUCGGAAUGAGAUAUGGCGACGAGUCCAGGGAGAUGGGAAAUCUGUGCGGCAAGUAUCUGCGGAGAUGGGUGUGGACAUGCGACGAGUGGCUGCAGUCGUAAGAUUAGUCGAGGUGGAGAGAAGGAUGAAGACAGAGAAAAAGCAACUAGCCAUACCCUAUGCUCGAGCGAUCCACGCCAUGGUGCCAGUCACCGAACUUGACCCAAAAACCCGAAGACCAGUCGAAGCACAUGAAUCCAUCAAUGACCUUGAACAACAUCCCCUUACGCUUCCCCAAAUCUUCUAUCCGACUUCCGAAUCUCGCGCGUUCAACCGUACAGACGCCGGCCGUGUCUUCAGCGGCGCGCCACGCCUGCCAGAUGAGGAGGACGUCGGUCAAGGGGGCACACAAGCAGUAGAGCCAUGGCAGGACAACAAACCCGAGCUGAUCGGCAAACCCGGGCGAGAAAAAUAUGUCUUGAAACCCGCCGACAGCCGGAUCCCUCACCCACACCUGAUCGCGUUUGCCAAAGACCAGGGUCUUCCGCGCGCCGAGCAACAAGAGCGGUACCACGCACGUCUUCUUGAAGACAAGGAGAGAAGGGAGGCGGCCAAAGCCAAGCGUGAGGCCCUCGAGGAGAGCAAGAAGACUCGAAUCGACGCUGGACGGUGGCAGUUUGUUGUGACUGAUGUCCAGGCAACUCGACAAGGUACAGGACUGGAUGGUCGAGGCACGCAGAGCCCUGGGUUCAGGUACGGUGUGCCCGCCCAGGACCGGAAGAGAGGCCAUGUCAAGAUCCCCACAAAAGUCGAGGUGUGA